UGAAGUCUCCAAUGACACCGGAACCGCUCCCGACGUGCCAGGCAGAUAUGAGGUACGACGUGCUGGCGAGAGCAGGAUUCGCUCGUCGUGGAAAUCUUCAUUUGCCACAUUCCAUCGUCGAAACGCCUGUUUUUAUGCCUGUUGGAACACAGGGAACUAUGAAGGGAAUCGUACCGGAACAACUAGUCUCGAUGGAUUGUCGAAUUCUCCUUUGCAACACGUACCAUCUUGGACAUCGUCCCGGUCAUGAACGAGUUAAGGCUGCUGGUGGAUUACAUAAAAUGAUGAACUGGAAUCGUUCAAUUCUCACUGAUUCUGGAGGAUUCCAAAUGGUCUCGUUGAGCAAACUCAUGACAGUUGAUGAAAAUGGAGUGAAUUUUGAAAGUCCUCAUACCGGAGAGAUGAUGGCUUUACCACCAGAAAAAUCAAUUGAAAUUCAACAAGCACUUGGUGCUGAUAUUAUGAUGCAGUUGGAUCAUGUAAUUCAUGUAUUGACAACUGGUGAUAUUGUAAAAGAAGCAAUGCAUAGAAGUAUUCGAUGGCUUGAUCGAUGUAAAGUGGCUCAUACAAGAGAUGAUCAAGCGAUGUUUCCAAUUCUACAAGGUGGUCUUAAUUUGGAAUUGCGGAAAGAAUGUGCUAAAGAAAUGGCGAAACGAGCAAAAGUUGGAAUUGCAAUUGGAGGAUUAUCUGGAGGAGAAGAAAAGGAUCAUUUCUGGAGAGUUGUGGCAGCAUGCUGUGCAGCUUUACCCCCUCAUCUUCCUCGUUAUGUGAUGGGAGUUGGAUUUCCAGUUGAUUUAGUAAUCUGUUCAUUUUUGGGAGCUGAUAUGUUUGAUUGUGUAUAUCCAACAAGAACUGCAAGAUUUGGAACAGCAAUGGUCAGAAGAGGUGGAUUGAUGCAAUUGAAUCAGAAACGAUAUAAGGAAGAUUUUUUGCCGAUUGAUAAGAAAUGUGAAUGUAAUACAUGCAAGAACUAUACGAGAGCAUAUAUUCAUUCGAUUGUUGGAAAAGAAACGGUAGGAUGUCAUCUAGUAUCAGUUCACAACAUCAAACAUCAACUGGAUCUUAUGCGAGACGUUCGUCAAGCGAUUCAAUCGAAUUCUGUUGAGCAAUUUCUGAAGCAAUUCCUAUAUGACUAUUAUGGACCAAUUCAAUCUGAAAAUCCAUCGAAACAAGAUUCUGAGAAGAUGAGGGAAGUUCCUCAAUGGGUCAGAGAUGCUGUAGAUCAUAUGGGAUAUAAGCUUGAUUUUUGAUUUUUGAUUUUCUUUGUUUUGUUGUUAAUCUUAUUCGUCAUUGUUGAAUUGUUGUUGAAUCAUAUACAUUUUUUUAAAUCUUAUCAAUCAAUUAUAAUAAAUUUUAUUCCAG